AUGACUGAUGAGAAGACCUUCCGCAUCGGCUUCAUCGUGCUGGGGCUUUUCCUGCUGGCCCUCGGCACGUUCCUCAUGAGCCACGAUCGGCCCCAGGUCUACGGCACCUUCUACGCCAUGGGCAGCGUCAUGGUGAUCGGGGGUGUCAUCUGGAGCAUGUGCCAGUGCUACCCCAAGGUCGCCUUCGUGCCCGCUGACUCUGACUUCCAGGGCAUCCUGUCCCCGAAGGCCCUGGGCCUGCUGGAGAACGGGCUUGCUGCAGACGUGAGGAGCUGUGCCCCCGCCAGCCCCCAGCCCCCCUACGUCAGGCUGUGGGAGGAAGCCGCCUACGACCAGAGCCUGCCCGACUUCAGCCACAUCCAGAUGAAGGUCAUGAGCUGCAGUGAGGACCCCCGCCCCCUGCUGGGCCCCAAGGUGGGAACCAGUGGUGGAGAAGGUGGCCCUCGGGACGUCCAGGCCUGGGCGGAGGCUGCUGUCGUCGUCCACAGGGGCUCCGACGAGAAUGACGGGGAGAGAGACCCGACUCAGAGCAGGCCCGGCCCCCCAGCCUGUCCCCAGGGCCCUGCACCCUUGGCCUGCUUCCAAGAUGACCUGGACGUGGGCUCCAGCGAAGACAGCAGCACCAAUCCAUCUCCGCCUGACAGGGAGGAACCUCAGGCCCCACCACAGGAGCAUCGGGCCUGCUGGUGCCCACUGGACCGCUACAGCGACUUCGCCCUGAUCGAUGCCCCCACGGUGGAGGAUGUGCCUCAAGGGGGGCAGCAGCAGGAGGUGGCCCUGCCCAACAACUGGCAGCGGUCCCCAGGGACAAAGGAGGAGGAGAAGGAGGCUUCGGACUCAGGCUCAGAGGAGCCUGAGGAGGAGGAGGAAGACUUGUACUAUGGGCUGCCAGACAGUCCUGGAGACCCCCUCCCAGACAAGGAACUGGGCUUUGAGCCCAAUGCCCAGGGCUGA